AUGCUUGAUGGCACUUCCCAGACGUUCCUCGGGGAUUCUGCCCCGGGAUCGUCAACCCUGAAGUCAGCAUUACAAUCGCCCAAACUAGAGCCUUUUUGCGGCGAGGUGGAAGGAUGGGGGCCCUUAAGCAAAUUCAGGUUUGACCUGACGCCCUGCUUCUUAGAUCUUGGUGUGGCUAUUGUUGCCGUAUGGGGCUUAAUCAUGGGAGCAGGUGCCAUUUGGUUUCUGCUCAAAAAGCGAAUCCCCCAACCAGUGUCGAAGAAUUGGCAUUUUUACGCUAAACUGAUCGUGCUAUCCGCUUUGAUCUUCACAACGGCUCUUCAAGCAGCGAUUCAGGUCGAGACUUUUGCGGAUAACUGGCUGGCUGACGUUCGGUUUUGGAGCUCGAUCGCUGUGUUUGCUUCCCUGUGUGUGAUAUUCACAGUCCAAUACUAUGAGCAUUGGCGGAGUAGGCAACCCAACGGUGUCGUUCUCUUCUACUGGCUUUUCUUUACCAUCGCCUAUGGAAUUAAGUUGCGCUCUCUUGUUGCACGAAAGACCUAUGAGGACAACCUACCAUAUUUCGUUUGCUUCAACAUCAGCUUAGGACUUGCGCUACUGGAAUUUGGACUGGAAUACCUCGUUCCCAAGAAGCAGAGCGCCUACGAUGCUCUGGGCGACGAAGAUGAAUGUCCCUAUGAGUAUGCAGACAUAUUCUCGGUGCUCAGCUUCAGCUGGAUGACGCCAAUGAUGAAGUUUGGCUAUAAGAACUUCCUGACCCAAGAUGAUCUGUGGAACCUUCGACGCCGUGAUACGACUCGUGCCACGGGAGAAACAUUGGCGGAAAACUGGGAACAGGAGCUGGAAAAGGACAAACCUUCUUUGUGGAUCGCACUCUUCAAGUCCUUCGGUGGCUCGUACACCAGAGGUGCGAUCAUUAAAUGCGGAAGUGAUAUGCUUGCCUUUGUCCAGCCUCAGCUUCUCCGAGUUCUGAUUGAUUUCAUCAGCUCGUAUCAAACCGACACCCCCCAGCCAAUUAUACGGGGUGUUACUAUUGCCCUGGCGAUGUUCUUUGUCUCGGUAUCGCAAACAAUGUGCCUUCACCAGUAUUUCCAGAGAGCCUUUGACACUGGCAUGCGUGUGAAGUCUUCGUUGACGGCAAUGAUCUAUGCCAAGUCGCUUCGGCUUUCAAGCGAGGGCCGUACAUCGAAGACUACCGGCGAUAUUGUCAACCAUAUGGCUGUGGACCAGCAGCGUCUAUCCGAUCUGACUCAAUUUGGUACACAGCUGUGGUCGGCGCCGUUCCAAAUCACCCUCUGCAUGCUAUCGCUCUACCAGCUCGUCGGCGUGAGCAUGUUCGCCGGUAUCGGUGUCAUGAUUCUUAUGAUUCCCUUGAAUGGAGUGAUAGCUCGGAUGAUGAAAAAGCUCCAGCUCGUCCAGAUGAAGAAUAAGGAUUCAAGGUCGAGGCUGAUGACCGAGAUUUUGAACAACAUCAAGAGUAUCAAACUUUAUGCCUGGAACACUGCCUUUAUGAAUAAGCUUAGUCACAUCCGUAACGACUUGGAAUUGAACACCCUUCGCAAAAUCGGAGCGACGCAGUCGGUUGCAAACUUUACAUGGCAGUCCACCCCCUUCCUUGUCUCCUGCUCUACAUUUACUGUCUUUGCUUUGACGGACCCCCGGCCUCUGACCACUUCAGUGGUAUUCCCAGCUCUGACGCUUUUCAACCUCCUUACCUUCCCACUCUCCAUUCUGCCUAUGGUCAUCACAUCGAUUAUUGAGGCUUCCGUGGCUGUUAAGCGUUUGACUGAAUAUUUCACCGCCGAGGAACUGCAGACCAAUGCGGUCAAGCGCGAGGACCCGGUCUCUCAUGUCGGGGAUGAGUCUGUACGGAUUCGUGAUGCGUCGUUCACCUGGAACAGGCCGCGUCGCGCCGGGAAAUCAUCUCUCCUCCAGUCACUUUUGGGCGAUUUGUGGAGAACGGAUGGAGAAGUCAUUAUCCGUGGCCGUAUCGCAUACGUCGCACAGUCACCUUGGGUGAUGAACGCUAGUGUCCGAGAGAACAUUGUCUUCGGGCAUCGGUGGGAUCCUGACUUUUACGAGCUCACCGUUGAAGCUUGCGCCCUGCUGGAUGAUUUCAAGAACUUGCCGGAUGGAGAUCAAACUGAAGUUGGAGAAAGGGGCAUCUCGCUCUCCGGCGGACAGAAGGCUCGGUUAACCUUGGCUAGAGCAGUCUAUGCUCGUGCAGACAUCUACCUUCUCGACGACGUUCUAUCGGCAGUUGAUCAGCACGUGGGCCGGCACCUUAUCAACAAAGUCCUUGGACCAAGUGGAAUUCUCGGUAGCAAGACGAGAAUCCUUGCGACCAAUGCCAUUCCCGUUUUGAAGGAGGCGGAUUUCAUCGGGUUGCUACGAGACAAGACUUUGGUUGAAAAGGGCACCUAUGAGCAGCUGCUGGCUAUGAAGGGCGAAGUUGCUAAUCUCAUUCGUACUACUAUGAACGAUUCGGACGAUGAUAACUCGAGUGAUAAUGGUCUUGCUAGUCCCGAAAGCUCGGACUCUACCACGAUAAUUGACAACGCAGACUCCGAUGAGCUUUCGGACACCGACGAAGCCGAACAGGAAAUUGGUUCACUCCUGCCCAUCAGAUCUGGUGCCAACCGGAGAACAAGUACUGUGACUUUGCGACGCGCCAGUACCGUUAGCUGGAAAGGCCCUAGACGCAAGUUAGGAGACGAGGAGAAUGUCUUGAAGAGCAAACAAACUCAAGAAACCUCACAGCAAGGCAAAGUCAAGUGGAGUGUAUACAUGGAAUAUGCCAAGAACAGCAAUGUCGUCGCCGUCUGCUUCUACCUUGCUACUCUUCUGGGUGCACAAACAGCACAGGUCGCUGGCAGCUAUUGGCUCAAAUAUUGGUCAGAGGCUAGCGAAGUGCAAGCAAACCCCAAUGUUGGUAAAUUCAUCGGUGUCUACCUAGCUUUUGGACUAGGAUCGUCUAUCCUAGUUAUAGUCCAGAAUCUCAUUCUAUGGAUCUUCUGCUCAAUUGAAGCAUCUCGGAAAUUACAUGAGAGGAUGGCAUUCGCAAUCUUCCGAUCACCCAUGAGCUUCUUUGAAACAACACCGUCUGGAAGAAUCCUCAAUAGGUUUUCAAGCGAUGUAUAUCGUAUUGAUGAAGUCCUUGCGCGCACAUUUAACAUGUUGUUUGGAAACUCUGCAAAAGCACUGUUUACGAUGGGCGUUAUCGCGUCGUCCACGCCUGCGUUCCUCAUUUUGGUCGUUCCUUUGAGCUACAUUUAUCUAAGUUAUCAAAAGUAUUACCUGCGGACUUCCCGAGAAUUGAAGCGGUUGGAUAGUGUUACGCGCAGUCCCAUCUACGCUCAUUUCCAAGAAUCUCUUGGAGGCAUCUCGACUAUCCGCGCGUAUAAGCAGGAAAAUAGAUUCACACUCGAAAAUGAGUGGCGAAUGGAUGAGAACCUUCGCGCCUACUUCCCUUCCAUUAGUGCGAAUAGGUGGUUGGCAGUCCGCCUUGAAUUCAUUGGUUCAAUCAUUAUUCUGGCCUCUGCAGGGCUUUCUGUCAUCGCCGUUGCUACUGGCAGCGGUAUAUCACCGGGCAAGGUUGGUUUGGCUAUGUCAUACGCCCUCCAAAUUACGCAGUCUCUGAACUGGAUCGUCCGUCAAACGGUCGAGGUCGAGACGAACAUCGUGUCCGUGGAACGUGUUCUGGAGUACGCUAGCCUCCCAAGUGAAGCGCCUGAGGUGAUAUUCAAGCACCGUCCCGCCAUUGGCUGGCCGGCGCAAGGCGCGGUGUCAUUCAAAAACUACAGCACACGGUACCGUCCUGGGCUCGACCUGGUGCUUAAGGAUAUCAACCUUGAUAUCAAGCCUCACGAGAAGAUUGGUGUUGUUGGCCGUACGGGUGCAGGAAAGAGUUCCCUUACUCUGGCGCUCUUCCGCAUCAUUGAGCCAGAUGGUGGCAGUAUUAGCAUUGAUGGGCUAAAUGUGUCUACUAUUGGCCUGUUUGACUUGCGAGGCCGCCUCGCCAUCAUUCCCCAAGACCCAGCCAUGUUUGAGGGCACCGUACGGGACAACCUGGACCCUCGUCAUGUGCAUGAUGACACAGAGCUGUGGAGUGUGCUCGAGCAUGCACGACUGAAAGAUCACGUUGCAAGCAUGGACGGCCAGCUGGAUGCCCGAAUUCAAGAAGGAGGAUCCAACCUGAGUCAAGGCCAGCGUCAGCUAGUGUCUCUAGCACGGGCAUUGUUGACGCCCAGCAAUAUUCUGGUUCUUGAUGAAGCAACAGCGGCCGUGGAUGUGGAAACAGAUGCAUUACUGCAACGCACCUUGCGCAGUAGCAUCUUCCAGGAUCGCACUAUCAUCACUAUCGCACAUCGCAUCAACACGAUCAUCGAUUCUGACCGAAUUGUUGUGUUGGACAAGGGCCGAGUGGCCGAAUUUGACACACCUGCCAAUCUGAUUAAGUCCGGCGGCAAAUUCUAUGAACUUGUCAAGGAAGCGGGUCUGCUUGAUAACGAAGGACUUGCCCUGGUGCAAUAAUUGCCGGCUUCACUCCCACAGUGGCGAAGACAUGUGAGUGGCUGGGCCAAAGCGAGAGAGGCUUUUCUCUAAUCUCGGGCCGAUCUCUCGAAUCUGGACCUCGUAGGAGACCCAGGUGAGAAAGAGGAUGACCGCAUCUUGGCUGAACUUGCAUGCACCAGCGACACUAGACGAUCCAUUAAGUGUCUGUGCGCACGGGAGAGGGGUUUAUGAAGGAUCAAGGGCCCUAUCCCUCUCUUAUACGAGCUCGGCAAGAUCACAGAGAGCCGAUCCAUUCGCAGCUUUUCUCUUUUCAGACGAGGAACCAAAAGUACGGGUCGAUGAUCGCUUCGUACCCAUGGCGUCGGAAGGAGUUUAUUUAAUUAAUUGUGUGGUUGCCUUUUUUACUUUC